UGUCGCUACUUUCGUAAUCAAAUCACCAAAAAGCAUCUAAAAGGAUCGUGGCAGAGAUGUGACCCCCCGAUUUACUCAUCUUUAUUAUCCUUACAUAAAUGACAUUUUACGCACUACAACUUACACCUAUAAAACCCCAUGCAUUAUUUUUCCGUCUUCAAUUUUCUUUUUCUUUAACCCCCCUCCAUUUUUCUCUUUGUGCUUUGUUUUUGUCUAUAAUUUUGCUACAGAAUUCUCUGUUUUUGUGAAUAUGAGUGGUUCUUCAAUGAGGUCAGAUUUUGAUGAAGAGAAACCGCAUGUUUUGGCUGUUGAUGACAGUUUAGUGGACCGCAAAAUCAUUGAGAAGCUCCUUACCAACUCUUCUUGUAAAGUUAGUACCGCAGAGAAUGCGCAGAAGGCAUUGGAGAUGUUGGGUGUAGCAGAUGGACAACAAAACUUUAGUGAAACAGUUUCGAAGGUACACAUGGUAAUCACUGAUUACUGUAUGCCAGGAAUGACAGGCUAUGAGCUACUUAAAAAAAUUAAGGAAUCACCUGCAGUGAAAGAGAUACCAGUGGUGGUAGUAUCAUCGGAGAAUAUACCUACUCGAAUUGAAAAGUGCCUGGAGGAGGGAGCUCAAGAGUUCAUGUUGAAACCUCUCAGACAGUCAGAUGUUAAGAAAUUAAACUGCCAAUUAGUUAAGUACAGAAAUCCUUGCAAUGCAAGGCUUUGCAUGGGAAGAUGAAUAUGUCCAAUUCAAAGAGAAAACAAACGUGAAAACUAAAUCCAUAAAGCUAUAAGAGGAAAAAAUAGAAAUUUAUUUAGUUGGAAUAU